GCCCGGCGGGAGCGCGAGGAGCCGGGCGGAGCGCACAGCCCAACGCGGGCUCGGUGGGCAUGAGCGGCCGCAGCGCCGGGGGCAGCCGCAGGGCGAGCCGUGCGGGACGGGCAGCGCGGCGCCUGUGAACCGCAGCCCGGAGCCGGAGCGCCGCGCGGGGAGAGUUGAGGAUCAUGGCUGCGGGUAAAUUUGCAAGCCUUCCCAGAAACAUGUCAGUGAAUCACCAGUUCUCCCUGGCCUCGUCCAUGGACCUUCUGAGCAGCAAGUCCCCUCUCGCUGAGCAUCGCACAGAUGCCUAUCAAGACGUGUCCAUACACGGCACCCUUCCACGGAAGAAAAAAGGCCUUCCUCCCAUAAGGUCCUGUGACAAUGUCAGUCACAUGGGUACCCUUCCCCACUCCAAAUCCCCACGGCAGAACUCACCUCUGACCCAGGACAUCAUCCAGGAAAACCCACGGCAAGACUGGAAAGGAGACAUCUUCACCUUUAGGGACCCACAUCUUCUGGACCCAACUCUGGAAUAUGUGAAGUUCUCCAAGGAGAGACACGUCAUGGACAGGACCCCCGAGAGGCUGAAGAAGGAGCUAGAAGAGGAACUGCGGCUGAGCAGUGAGGAUCUGCGUAGCCACGCCUGGUACCACGGCCGGAUCCCCCGACAGGUAUCUGAAAACCUUGUACAGCGAGAUGGUGACUUCCUAGUUCGAGAUUCCCUGUCCAGCCCUGGGAACUUUGUCCUGACCUGUCAGUGGAAGAAUCUCGCUCAGCACUUCAAGAUCAAUCGGACAGUUCUGCGGCUCAGUGAGGCCUACAGUCGUGUGCAGUACCAGUUUGAGAUGGAGAGCUUCGACUCCAUCCCUGGCCUGGUGCGCUGCUAUGUGGGCAACCGACGGCCCAUCUCCCAGCAGAGUGGCGCCAUCAUCUUCCAGCCCAUCAAUAGGACAGUGCCCCUUUGGUGCCUGGAGGAGCGUUAUGGCACCUCACCAGGCUGGGGCCAGGAGACCAGCCUUGACAUGGGAAGGCCAAGUGUGACUAAGAGAUUGAGCCUCACUGUAAACAGUGCCCCAGCUCGAGAGCAGAGCUUUCCCCGGGGAAACCUCCUCAGGAAUAAAGAGAAGAGCGGCAGCCAGCCCGCCUGCCUGGAUCACAUGCAAGACAGAAGGGCCUUAGCCCUUAAAGCCCACCAGUCGGAGAGUUACCUGCCCGUAGGCUGUAAGCUGCCCCCCCAGUCUCCAGGUAUGACAAGCCCCUGCCCCAGCUCACCUGUGUUCAGGACUGGCAGCGAGCCCACCUUGAGUCCUGCGCUGGUUCGGAGGGUCUCUUCAGAGACUAGGGCAGGAGAAGCACUUCGGGGAUCGGACAGCCAACUGUGCCCCAAACCACCCCCAAAGCCCUGCAAGGUGCCUUUCCUCAAGGCUCCCCCUUCUCCAUCUGCCUGGCUCAACUCCGAGGCCAACUACUGUGAACUGAACCCUGCCUUUGCUGCAGGCUGUGACAGGGAAGCCAAGCUUCUCUCAUGUGCCCAGGGCAGCCACACCGAGCUGCUGACAACUAAACAGAAUGGGACAUCAGGUCCCCGGAACUCUGGCACCAACUACUUGUUCCUUGAUGGGGAUGACCAGGCCAGAUCUUGGGAACUACCACUGGCAGUACAGAUGGAUGAGGGAGAGGAAGACAAUGGCGAGUUUGUGUCUCCCCUCAUGGAAACUAUGUCCUCGUUCAGACCUAAUGACUUUGAGUCAAAGCUCCUUCCUCCAGAGAACAAGCCCCUGGAUACAGCCAUGCUGAAACGGGUAAAAGAACUCUUUACCAACAGCAGCGCCAGAGUCAUCGCCCAGCACAUGCUGAGCGUGGACUGCAAGGUUGCUAGGAUACUUGAAGUCUCUGAAGAGAUGAGGAGGAACAUGGGUGUGAGCUCAGGGCUGGAACUCAUUACCUUGCCUCAUGGACGCCAGCUGCGCCUAGACAUCAUGGAAAGACACAACACCAUGGUUAUCUGCAUCGCAGUGGACAUUCUGGGCUGCACAGGCACUUUGGAGGACAGAGCAGACACCCUCAAUAGGAUCAUCCGGGUGGCAGUGGAGCUGAAAGACACCAUGGGGGAUCUCUAUUCUUUCUCCGCCAUCAUGAAAGCCCUAGAGAUGCCUCAGAUCACAAGGUUAGAAAAAACAUGGACUGCGCUGCGACACCAGCACACCCAGACAGCCAUCCUCUAUGAGAAGCAGCUAAAGCCCUUCAGCAAAGUCCUGCAUGAAGGCCGAGAGUCCACGUGUGUCCCCCCAAGCAGCAUAUCAGUCCCACUGUUGAUGCCUCUCGUGACCUUGAUGGAGCGCCAGGCUGUCACUUUUGAAGGAACUGACAUGUGGGAAAAAAAUGAUCAAAGCUGUGAAAUUAUGCUCAACCAUUUGGCAACAGCCCGGUUCAUGGCUGGGGCUGCAGACAGCUACCGGAUGAAUGCCGAGAGGAUCCUGGCAGGUUUUCAACCAGAUGAAGAAAUGAGUGAAAUCUUCAAGACUGAAUUUCAGAUGCGAUUGCUGUGGGGCAGCAAGGGUGCAGCCGUGAAUCAGACAGAGAGGUAUGAGAAGUUCAACCAGAUCUUAACAGCCCUCUCACGUAAAUUGGAACCGCCUCCCAUAAAGCAGGCUGAGAUGUGAGAACUCGCCAGAAGACCUUGGGGUGUCACCUGAAACUUCUCCAGUUGUUUCUUUGGGAAAGUUUAGCAUCUGAUAAAGUUAUUACAUGCAAAUCUGGCAAUAUGCAAGCUUUUAAUAUCCACAGGAUAUUAAAUAUGUAAAUUAUACAGAACACACUUAUUUAUGAACUGUUUAAAAUUACUACUGAUUUUAAAUGAAUGGUAAUUUAUUUUUAAGGUAACUAUUGCUAAUGCUGAUCAGCAAAUUUAAGAGAUGAUCUAGCUAUGUUGGCUGGUUGUUGUUUUAUUAUCAUGGUAUUUGACUGUCUUUGUUUUAAUUCCAUGUCAGAUAAAUGUAAAUAGAAGCAUUUAAAAAGAAAAGCUUGAAACAUUUCAGAAGGUAUCAGUUAUAUGAUAUUCCUUAAAUAAAUAUGAAACUGUAAAUAGUCAUGAAUGAAAAUAUAUCUUUUUGUGAAACAGUU